UCGUUUCUUGUGAAGACGACUUUUCUGUCCAGAAUUUCGGAUUUAUAUUUUGAGUAAUUCUAGCUCCUAAGUUCACCUAGACUCCGUCCUUAAUCCUAACACUGGCGUCUUCGUCAUCUUGUAGAUGUCGAUUGUAGUCUUUGCUGGCGCUUGUAGUAGCUGCAGUAGUUAAUCUCUAGCUUGUGCUGGCACUUUCCAUGCUUUGCUGGCUCUCAAAAUCUGCUCUGGAGUAGUGCUGCGACUCACAGGCAGCUGUACAAAUUUGGGGUUGGGGAAUUGUUCAGUUCGAGGCGCACGAUUUUGGUUGGACGAACCCAACCUCGAAAUCUACAGUUCGCUGAGUUGGCGAACUUUCGGCUCCCUCAGCACUAGUCUUCGAGCAAGAUGCCCCUCCCUUGGCGCUCGGUGGUCCAAGGUGUGGCACAAUGAUGAGCUGUGAUAAGGGAACCCCACCUGUCUGGCUGCCCUCGCGCUACCAGCCGUCCCUUCUCUCUGCACGCCGUCCACUUUUGACGGCGUUUCUCCAUCUGUCCCUGUCCGACGUGCGGCGUGGCGUGGCGCGGGCAAGAACUGGGGAAGAGCUGUCUCUGCUGCUAUGCGUGCGCAAGGUGGGGGGGGAACGUGCAGGGAGGACUCUUGCGAUGUGAAGGGGGCAGGGGGAGCGGCGCUUUGGAUGAAGGGGAAAGGCAGAAGGAAUUAGAGUUACAGGUCAUAUGCCUUGUAGACGACCCCCUUUUACACCCGGGAGUAUUCUAUAUGCAUUUCUUCCUUAAGGGCGACUCCUUGUACGCAAAGUGUACCCAU